CGUGUGGUGGCGUGUUUGCGAAGUUCCCCGGUACACGUCAACUCCGAGGACGGCUGCUGCGAUUGGUUGUCGUCCGUCACGUGUUUAUUCUGAAGAUGGCGUCUCCAAAUGGAGGUGACGAUUUUGAGUCUUCUUUGCUGAGUUUUGAGAAGUUGGACAGAGCGUCACCAGACCUCUGGCCAGAACAGUUGCCCGGAGUUGCAGAAUUUGCUGCAUCUUGUAAAAAUCCCAUCACUAAUUCACCUCCAAAGUGGAUGGCUGAACUAGAGACUGAGGACAUUGAAAUGUUGAAAGAGCUGGGGAGUCUGACCACAGCCAACCUGAUGGAGAAGGUCAAAGGACUUCAGAACCUCGCUUACCAGCUGGGCUUAGAGGAGUCGAGGGAAAUGACCAGGGGGAAAUUCCUGAACAUCUUGGAGAGACCCAAGAAGUGACAAAUCUUUUUUUUUCUUUCCUUUUUUUUUCCCCAAGGGACAAGAGAUUUAGGAUUUCAAGCUGAAUCUGAUCUAUUCGUUUAGCAGUCUACUCAGAAUAUGUUCAGACCUCCGCAGCAAAGUUGAAAGACUUUUGAGUUCAAACUGGAGCAAAAUGCUCACUCACACAGCUGAGGUCUUCUCUCCAAGCUCCUCAGUGCACCUGUUGUCCUCCACCCACAGAAAACUUAAAAAGAUUGAGGUACUUUUCACGGAGAUUCUCUGUAGCUUGUAGCCCUGCCUCGAUUAAAUGUUCUCUAUUUAUUCUUAUGUGUAUUUUAAACAUGAUUUACAUUUUUUGCAAUUUGUGAGGUUGUAUAAUAAAGUUUUAA